GCAUCUCUAUAAAACCCUUCUCCCUCUCUUCCUCUUCACCUCAAAACCACUUCACACAAUACACAACUAUUUCUCUCUCUUCAAAACAUUUUAAUAUCAUCUUUCUCUACCACAAGACAUAUUUAUCAAAGCAAAGAUCAUGAACACAAUUCCAGCGGAACUCACAGGAUACUUCCAAUAUGUAUCACCCGAAAUAUAUAAUAACCAAACACCAAGCAUGGACUCCCAAUACUUUAACAUGCCCCUUUCUCCUACUUCUUCUUCCUCCUACUACAUCAACGGUCUGAUGAGCAACAACAACUACUACUCUUCAUCAUCCAACGUUCAGGAUCUAACGACGAGUAACAACUCAACAUCAGACGACGAUCACCAACAAAGCGUGGCCAUCGAUGAGAGGAAACAAAGAAGGAUGAUCUCUAACAGAGAAUCUGCUCGAAGGUCAAGGAUGAGAAAGCAGAGACAUCUCGACGAGCUUUGGUCUCAAGUGAUAAGACUUCGUACUGAUAAUCACUGUCUUAUCGAUAAGCUAAACCGCGUAUCUGAAAGCCAUCAGCUUGCUUUGAAGGAGAACGCUAAGCUGAAAGAGGAGACUUCUAAUCUCAGACAGCUAAUCUCUGAGAUAAAAUCCAACAACGAAGAAAACAACAAUUUUCUAAGAGAGCUUGAAGAUUCGAUAUCAAACUCUAGAUCGGAUUCAAACCUAAUGGGCAGAGAUUUUGAGUUGUGUUAAUGAUCUUGAUCGUUGUUCUGCUUGUGUCAAGAAUGUAGAUUUCAUAACUAUCAUGUAGUAUUUUAUGAUAUAAAAUAUUAAUAAAUGUAAUGUUC